AAAUAUGUUAGGUAGAAUUGUUAAGACAAAAUUAUAAAAAUUAGAAUUGUUAAAACAAAAGUAUAAACAAAAGCAAAAAUGUUAAAAUAAAAUUGUUAAAUAGAAUAUAGAAUUACAAAUAAAAAAUAGAAUCACAAUUGUCAAAAUGAACUUUUGAAAACAACAAAAAUAUGGAAUUGGAAUUGAAAACAGAAACAAAAAUGGUAAAAUGAAAUUGUUAAAACAAAGUUAAGAUAUGAUUGUGGUACUGAUAAUCCUCCAUAAGAUUGUACGGGUUUAAUUCCAUACCGUUAUGAUAGGCUAGAAGCCCGUACGAUUAAGAAACCUUGUUUGGUUUAGUAACAACGAGUACUCAUUAAAACGACUGAAUAUAUUUAUAGUGCUACAUGUGAAAUAAAUGAUACUUAACAUAGCUCAGAAAGUAAGGUACGUGACCGGAAUAUAUCCUCUUUAAGUACAGACAGUGAAGGCUAAUGGAGCUAUUAAAUUGAUCAUUGCAGACAGACUAAACUAUCACGGUCCGAAGGAAUAACAAAUAAAGAUCUAUUGUGUGUGCCAAUUUACAGAGAGAGAUUUGAAGUUUUGUAACGAAAACAUUAAUAUGCUGAAUUAUUGGUACAACAGGUUUAGAGACAAGCUGCCUGAAAUAUUAUGGGAACUAUGCACGCUAAAACAAUAAAUAACAUACAUGUAUGUAUGAUAAGUUUAUCUAUGUUUGCGUAUCGCAGAUCCAGUCUUCAUGGUGUAUAGAUACGCCGCAGUAGCCUCAAUAUCCCACGGUCACUGACCAGGCAGAGCACGCCGGUAUCCAUCCACUUGUUUACAUUGGCGUACUAGAUAGGCAAUUAUAAACCGGAGUAAUGGAAAUAUGACACUAGCUUUCAAACACACAACUAUCAUAUAGUACAAAUGACGGAAUAUCUUCUAUUGCCCCCUGAACAUUACCAUCUGGAGUACACAGACACAAAAGACAAUCCGAUGUCGAGAAAUACAGAGGUGGUUAAAGUCUAAAACAACAACGCAUACACGUCUAGACGCGGGAUUAUUCUCCAGGAUUGCACUAAAAUAUUCGUCACGUUCAACGCCAUACCAUUUCUUAAAAUCGCGUGCAGCGACACAUGGAUUAUAAGAUGCUUGUAAACAGGAUGCAGCGCAUUGUGAUGAUCACGUGUUUAACAGUUCUCAUCUCAUGCAUUUCAAGCACAAAAGCCGACAGAAGCGAUAUUUCGGAGGAAAUAGUAAAAAGCAUUGAUGGCUCUUUAAAAUGUCGGAACAAUCCCGCCCUCGCCAUCUCUGUAGUCAAAGAUGGUAAUGUGGUCUUUUCCCGAGGGUUCGGUUCAAGGGUUGUGGGUCAACCGUUAAACGUGAGCGGAUCAACGAUUUUUGGGGUGGCUUCCCUAUCGAAAGCAUUUGCUUCUACUUUGAUUGUCAAGUUGCUGGAUAAAAAUAGCAAGUAUACAGUUGAUACGCCACUAAGGGUCGUGUUUGAUGACGAGUCCUUGUUCAAGGAUGAGAUAUUAUCGAGGUAUGCGACGAUUAGGGACUUACUCUGUCAUCGGAUGGGGAUUCCAGGCAAUAACGCUAUUCGUCUCGACACCAAUCUAACCCGGGAAAAUCUGGUCCAAAGGAUGAAGCAUUUGGAUGGAACUGGAAGAUUUAGAGAUAGCUUUUACUACAGUAACUUAAUGUAUGGGUUGUUGACUCGAAUAGCAGAAAUGCUUGGUGGAAAAACAUGGGAGGCAUUGGUGAAAGAACACAUUUUUGACCCAUUAAACAUGACGUCAUCAAAUUUCGCCACAACGGCAGAUCCUGAAAAAGUCGAACUAGCGAAAGGUUAUAUUGAUCAUUACGGUGAGCUCAAGGAAGUUCCCUGGGAGUUUUCCAGACGGUGGGCUGAAUUGUGUGGAUCGGGAUGCGUUUUAAGUACGGCUGACGAUAUGGCCAAAUGGAUGCUGUUCCAUUUGAGUGGUGGAAAAACUAGAAACGGGAAAAGACUAGUGUCUAAAAGGGCAUUAUCUUUGACCCACACCCCACAGCUUAGAAUUGCUAGCAGUACGAUUUCAAAAUAUUAUACACGUCCACUAACUCCGGUCACCUUAAGCGAAGAUUCUUAUGCGAUGGGAUGGAAAACCGGUUAUUACAGAGGAUACAAAAUCCUCUCUCACACAGGAAGCACUUUCGGAUACAGAGCCAAACUAACACUAUACCCGAGCAUGAAUUUGGGUGUGUUCUCCGCCAUGACUGGCGACGAUCCGAGCUACUUAUAUAGAUCCAAUGUACAUAAUCUGAUUUCGGAUUUAUACCUUGGAGAAGAGCCGUGGCUUAAUGCAACGAUAAUGUGUUCAUUUCCAGAACCGUUCCGAAGCAAGUCGUCUUCGUCUAAACCACAGAUAAACACUAACCGGAAGCCGGCCAGAAAUGUGAGAGACUAUUUAGGUCUUUACAAAAACAUUCCAUAUGGUUUUGCCACAGUGACAAAAAAUCAAACACAACUGACACUACAGUUUGGAUUUGGUCGAUUUGAGCUCUAUGCCAAAACGACUAAGGACGAAUUUUAUGUUCAGUCGGUAGGGAUGAUAACUGGAUUGACAAACUUCAAAUCUCUGAAGUUUAUUGAGUCAAGUGAUGGAACUGUAACCGCAGUUGAAAUUUCUGCCUUUGAAUCCAAAGACCCACCCGUGUUCAGGAAAGUGUUGGCAUCAUCAAAAAUGUCAGCUAACGCCGUCUUACCAACGCGGUGCAAUCUAUUACAGACGUUUCUAUUAUCCGUAGUGUUGAGUGUAAUUUUCUGUUGAUUUGAUACAACUACACACGUAUGUGAAAUGUAAAUAUAUACCCGCCAGGCGCCCUUAUCUAGAGUACAUUAAAACAAAAUUUGAGUGUCACUGUUUUCUGAACAUUUGAACAGCGCUAGCUAAUCAUAAAAUAUACUGAAAUAUAUAUCAAAUAAAUGAUGAUCAGAAUAAUGA